GCGAAUCACUUAGAGCUCUUUUCUUUAUAAUGUCUCCUUCUGCGCAGUAACCAUGAUUACUGUGAUGAGCUUCUCUUUAAAUUCUCUUAACCUUUUGAGUUUUGACAAACCAUUUGUUGUUCUUGAGGCUGAGAAUGGCUGAGAGGAGGCUUCAAAAGAACCCUGCGGCGGAGGCUAUUCCCGGUACACCGAGAAUCCGGGAUGUGAGAAUCGUAUCCGGGUCGGAGGUAACCGGAUUAUGUAGUCGUGGGCCUUCUCGGGUUCCAUUCAAACUCAAAGACAAUUACGACGGUGUGGGAGAAUUUGACCUAAAGAAAAUGGAAGAAAAUGCAGCAAAGCUUGAGAAGGAUCUGAUCAUGAAAGAGUUAGAAACUCUAGAUUUUCUAGAAGCUCUUGGAUCAACAAAAAAGAUCGUAAAAGACUUCAAGCUGGAGCUGCAGCAGCAACAACCCAUGAGAUGCAUGGAGAGCCCUGAACAUCUCCAUUCACAAAUCAAAGAGAUGAACCAUGAUGAACGUUGCCAUCGUAGUAGUCCCAUGAGGUCUCCAGAUAUGAUCUUCAUGGAACUGAAGCAAGCCAAUAUGAAUCUUGGUAAAACCAUGGAAGAUCUUUCAAUGAUCCGAUCCUACGUUAAAUCUUUGAAUAUGAAGACGGUGGAACAUAAAGAUUUUCUUGGAGUGGCGUCUCUAGCUGAGGAGCUCAACAGUUUGAGGUUAAAACAUGAUGAUGAAGAGAGAUUCAUUACCAAGAAUGUAUCCGUGAACCCGCAAUGCGAACAAGUUAAGAUGGUUGUUGAAACCAAUGAUAACAAACAUAGCAAUGCAUGUCUGAAAACCGCAAAAAUGAGAUUGGUUGCUGCAAGAAAAAUGGAGGAAACUGCUAGAGCAGCGGAAGCACUUGCCAUUGCUGAAAUGGCCAUACUAUCCAGCAAGAAAGACCAAGAAGAGUUUUGCUUUCCAGAGCCACCGAGGUCACCUUUAACACUCAAAGAACAAAUGCAAGAAGACAUAUCCAUUGAGAUCAUGAGGAAGCUGGAGGAAGCUAAUGAAGAAGUUAAACAAAGCCAACGAGCCUUAGAAAAUGCGUUAAACAGAGUAGAAAUCGCUAACGUGAAGCAGCUUGAAGCAGAAGAUGCGGUUCGCCAGUGGAACAUUGAGUCAUGGAAAGAUCAGAAAGCUAUUAGAGCAAAGCGGCCCAUGAGAGAUGAUAACAUUCCUCGACGCUCCUUCUUGAGCCAUGUGAGCCAGCACGAGCCGGUUGAUAAUCUCCCUAAGCCGAUGCUAAAACGUAAUGUUUCAGUCGGCAGUGGCCUAAACCGGAAACAAGUCCCUAACAUUGAUGAGAAACAUUUGAGGAGAAAGUUUAGAUUCAUGCACAACACGGUUCCUGAACAAAUAGAGUAAGCAAAAACCUCAGCCUUUGAUGAAAACACAUGUUUUGUCAUUUCAGUUCUUAUUUUUUUUUAAUUUAUCUUUUGGUUUUAAUUCGUUUGAUCAUAUAUGAGUGUUGUUUGCUUCUAUUAUAAACAAACCAUAAUGAUUAUUA